AUGCAGCCAUUCGAGGAGCAAGAGGAUCCGAGCUUCGCGUCCGUGGUGGAGCCUGCGCAGCUACAGCGGCCUCACUGUGACCAAUGUAUCGUUGCCAUCGCCGACUACGAGUGUCUACGCUGCGUCCAGCGCUUCUGUAGGCAAUGCGAACUGGUAGUCCACCACCGACUAGGCGAACUUGCUAUGAAACAUGAAGAAAGUAAAGGAGACGGACGACCACACCAGGAAUUUCUCAAAUGGAUCAGUGCUUGCCAAGAGUGUGGCGAGAAGACUCUGGAGUUCUUCUGUCUAAAUUGCAACAUGUAUCAGUGUGAGAACUGUUGUGCGACCAAGCAUCUUCAGCUGGGACCGCAUUUCUUCUUUUGUGUCGAAGGUUCAUCACCGAAAAUGCUUCCUUUUGCUACCUGGAAUCUGAUGUUUGUGGAAACGGUCAAGAUGAGCAAGGGGCACAUGCAGGACAAAGCUGCCGCAAUAGAAGCGGCAGUGGCUGUGACGAGGACUAUGCCAGAAGUAAAUCAUAGCGCUUCGGCUGCAGCACAAGUCAAGCUGGAGCAACCUGUCACAUUAACUACAACGAAUGCCACGGCAGCUGCGCUAGGGAACUUGACCAUCGAUGGAACUGCCCCUGAAGGUACACCGCUGCCUGCAGACCAACAGCCGAAGCUACAAGCAAAGCACUCAUCUCGAGGAACGACCACAUCCUUCGUCGAUUUGACACUUGAUGAUGAAAACGAUGCCAGUUCAAAUGGCGCGUCCACUUUGCCAUCAGCUCAGCCAUUUGUUAAGGAAGAGGCCCGUGUUAAAACUGAAGAUGCAUGGUUGACCUCAGCCGCCACUGCUCAAGAGAAACCGUUUUUGUUUGACGUAGAAACGUUAAUGGAAAACUUACUGGGAGAGGAUGAUGAUCCUGUUUUGCGCUUUAUGGUCAGUGAGUACAACCAGCUCAGUGCGAAGAUCUUCACCAUUGACCAGGAAGUUGACAGUGUUCGCAAGAAAACAAAAGAGCUGUCAAGUGUACAACCGAUGGAUACACAGGAAGUGAAUAGAACCCGCGCCAUGGCAAAUACACUCCGAAAAGAAAAGACAGAGUUGGAGAAAGCUCGAGAUGGAGUGGUGGCCAAGAUCGUUUAUUAUAUAAAGUCCGAUCCGGAGGAGCUGAAAAGUUUUUUGGAAAACUGCACCGCCGAAGUCGCUUAUGCUCAAACUGCGUGUCACCGCAAGUGCGCGACACUAGAGGCUAGCAUUCGUCAGAACUUGGAGAACAUCGGAAGGAUUCAACACGAUAUGGAAGAGUUAAUCAACAUGAAGAAGGAUGCAUUUGCUGAGGUCACUCGUCUCGGAGUUGAAAUCGCUCAAGGCGAGGAAGAGGUUCGCAAGUUGGACAAGGAACGACAGGACGAAUUUUUGCGUCUGUGUCAAUUCAGUAAAUCGAUUCAGACCGCUGUACAGGGAAUGGCUGCGAGCAUUUAG